CUGUGUUCCAUAACUAUAAUUUCAAUAUAAAGCUUGUAUUUAUACUGAGUUUUAAAUCUUUUUGGAGAUCAUGGUAAACGUUUUAAAUUACAAAUUUUUUGUUUUUAAUUAAUUUGUGUAAUAAUGGCAAUGCAAUUUAAAAAACCCAAACGGAAUUUACGUGUUAGAGACACUGAUGGUCUCUAUGAUAAUGAAAAUGAGGAACAAACAGAGGUAGAUUCAGUACUUAAGCUACCAAAACCACCUAAAGAAAAAAUAUUGAAGAAAGUAAACACUUUGAGUUUUGGCGACGAGUUAAAUGAAUGUGAUGAUGGUGAAGAAUUUAAAGUUAAAAAGUCUUCUUAUAGUAAAAAAAUUAAAAAGCAAAUGAAUAAAGAAAAAAUGGGUCGAGACAAAAUAGAAAAUGGCAAAAAAUCUAAAACUGUUAGUGAUACAAUUAAACCAAUUAAAGAGAAACAAACAAAUUUUAAUUCUGAACCUCUAGAAAAAGAAAUAAUGCUUACAGGCCGUGCUGCUGAAAUGGCUGGCUAUAUAUCAUCUGACGAAGAACCUGAUUCAUAUAAUUCAUCUUCACAUAGGUUUUCUAACCCGGAUCAAGUUAAACUAUUAUUAAGAAAGGGUCAAAUUCCUGAUGCUGCUUUAAUUCAUGCAGCUAGAAAACGUAGACAACAAGCACGUGAUUUAGGAGAAGAUUUUAUACCAAUAUCAACACAACCACAAAGUGAAUCCAAUGCUGAUAAUGAACAAGUUACCGGUCGACGUUUAACUCGAGAAGAAGAUGAAAUAGAAGAUAGUGAUGAUGAUGGUAUAAUUGUUAUGUCUGGAAUUGUGAGUCAAGCUGAAGAUCGAAAAAAAAGCCUACAUACUACUAUGGCUGAACGUACUAAUAACAAUAGUGAUUUUGAAGAUCCUGAUGAACUUGAUGAAGAUAAUGAUUGGGAAACUCAACAGAUAAGAAAAGCUGUUACUGGAUCACAGUUAGCUGCAGCUCAACAGGAAUCUGUUGGCUUGGCUGCCAUGUAUAACAAUGUUACUUCUCAGUCUAUGGUUGUGCAAGAGCAAUCUAUUGCACAGACAAUGAUAAAUCAAAGACCUCGUUUCCCUGACUCCUAUGUUCCUCAAGGAUUGACGAUUUUAUUGAACCCCGAUGAAAUCAUCAAUAAAACUAGGGAAAUAUUAAAUGAGUUGAAAGAAAAACGGAUUCCAGAUCAAAAAUAUUUUGAAGAUAUGACUGAUGAAAUACCAGAGAUUAAGAAUAAAAUUGAAAUACUAAAAAAAAAUGUUCCAGAAUUAGCUGAUUGUUUUCAGUUUUAUCAAGAUUUGCGUGGGUACGUCACUGAUCUGGUAGAAUGUCUUGAUGAAAAGACACCUGUACUUGUGGAAUUAGAACAACGUCUAUCUAAGUUGUACGAGAAAAGACGUACAGAUCUAACAGUAAGACGAAGACAAGAUGUUAGAGAUCAAGCAGAUGAAGCUGCAUCUAAUAAUAAAUUGGGAACAUCUUCAAUUACUAAUUCAAGAUCUGAAGAGCAACAAAGAAGAGCUGCAGAACGUGAAGGUCGUCGUAUAAGACGGAUGAGAAUGAGAGAAAUUAAAGCAAUUAGUAAACAUGCAGAUGGUAUGUCUAGUGAUGAAGAAGUUCCUGAAACAGAUGCAUCAGCAUUUAGAUCUCAACUAGAGAUUAUAAAAAGUGAUUCCACUCUGUUAUUGGAUGAUGUUCUCGAAGAAUUUGCAUCAGUUGAUUUAGUUUUAAAACAUAUGUUGGAAUGGAAAGAUAAACACCUAGAAAGCUACAUAGAAGCAUAUGUCAAUGUGUGUUUGCCAAAAUUAAUUGGACCUUAUGUUCGCAUUGAAAUGCUGACGUGGAAUCCAUUGGAAGAUGAUCUUAAUUUGGAGAAUAUGUUUUGGUAUAAAUGUGUUCAAAAAUAUACAAUGAAAGGAAUGAAUAGUGUGGAUCAGUUGUCAAAAGAUGUUGAUUUAGAAUUAAUACCCAAGAUAAUAGAAAAAGUUGUGCUCAAUAAAAUUGAUCAAAUGAUAACAAGUCAGUGGGAUCCUCUUUCAUUUACACAGACAAAACACAUAUCUAAUGUUAUUAUGAACAUACUGCAAAAAUAUCCUACUAUUGAUCCAGAUAGUAAAUUAUUAAUGUCGCUGUUAACACAUUUAGUGGAUAGAAUUCGAGAUGCAGUUGAUUACGAUGUAUUUAUUCCCAUUUCUUCUAGACAAGUAAUGAAUACCGGUCGUAUGAAUGUAUUUUUUCAAAGACAAUUUAACAUGGCCGUAAAACUGUUGGGCAAUAUACUGUGUUGGCAUCAAAUUAUUGAAGAUACAGUGUUGAUAGAUUUAGCCAUCAAUCAAAUACUCAACAGAUACUUACUAACAUCUAUUCGUACACUACAACCUUUAGAAGCUAUUUUAAAAAUUACUAUGAUUGCUCGAACAUUACCCAGUGUAUGGUUAUGUUAUGGAAGUACUACACCUAAAGAAUUAACUUCAUUUUUCAACCAGUCAAAAUUAGUUGCAAUGGAAAUAGAUAAAUCACAACCCCAGGCAAAACAUGCCUUGGACCAACUAAAUGAAGUGUUAAAACUGUGACAUUUCAUUUUGAUUCAGUACACAAUGACAUUGUUCACUUUCCAAGUCAUAAGACCUAUAAAAUGAGAAUUUUGUACUAUACAUUUUUUUUUUUUUUUUUGUAUUAUAAAUAUUAAUACUUACAGACUUUUGUUAAUUGUUUUGCUCUGAUGUUGUAUCUUGUUUUUUAUAUCAUCAAUACGAAUUAUUUUCCUUUGUUAA